AUGUUGCGUACUGGUGAUGGAACAAAUAUUUACGGUCUUGAUGCUGAUCAAUUAUUUGAACUUCAAGCAGCAUUUCAUCAGAUUGAUACAAAUCAUAAUGGUUAUAUAACCGGUAACGAAUUGCGUCAAUGUCUUCUGCGUUCUGGUGUUCCUUACAAUGAUCUUGAAAUUCAACGUGUCUUAUCAAAAAUGGAUUAUAAUCGCGAUGGACGAGUCAGUUAUGAUGAAUAUAUGAAAUUCAUGUCACGAAUCUAUCGAGGCGAACAACCAUGA